UCGAGUGCACAUGGGGGUGUUUGAGCAAUCAACAGUCAACACUACUUGAGGGGUGUCCCAAGCCCUGGGAGUGGAGUCGUGCUGCUGUGGGCUUGUUUUGCCUCGACACGAGAAGUUGCUGUGACAUCUGUGUCGCCACAGCCCACGCGAGAAUGCGGAUGAUUGAUCUACUCCCUCCUCAGACUUGAGAAAGUGGUUGGGACUGGCUCCUGCAGCUGCUCGAGUCGUGGGACCAACUGGAAAUCCAACAAGAAGGCAUCCGCAUGGUCUCGCAGCUUUGUAAGGGCGGCGCCUGCGGCGACGCCUUCGCGCCGCGCGUGGAGAAGGUCCUGCAGCGCUGCCUCGAGCGGUCGCAGCACGACGGGAAAGUCCUGUACUGGGGCUUGUGGGCGGUGCAGCAAUUGCACGGCGUGAAAAGUUUGUUGGCCACCUUGCAGUACAGCUGCUCCCGGGACCACUUCAACGAGAAGGUGGUUCAGUCAACCUUGAGAUCCCUGAGCGAUCUUGCCUGGGAAGGCGAUCAAGCUGGAUUAGAAUUGGUCGUAGAAGUGAUCCAAUCGGUCAUCUCUGCCAUGCGCAAGAUUGCCGACCAGGAUCCCAACAGCCACCUGCUGAACGACGGGGCCUUUACUUUGGGAAAAGCCGCGCAAAUUGCGGCCUGUGAGAAACAUGAGGGAAUUCCUCAACUCAAGGAGGCGGCCCUCCAUUCGUCCAACAUCUUGCUCGAGCUCAUGAGCAUGAAGGUCCAAGAUGCUGCUCUUUGCCGCACAGUGCUUGAGGCGCUGGGUGAGCUUUUAGAAGCUUCGGGGCGUCCUUCGGCAGUACGCUCCAGGAUUUGUGAGGGCUUGUUUGCAGGAAGCUGCGGCAAUGCAGGUUCUGGCGUGAUUGGUGCCGGCCUUCUAUCGAAGGUCAGCGCGGAGCAUGCAUCCAACACGAAACUGCAGGGGGUGAUCAUGUGGCUGGCGGGCCUGGCUCAUGGAGUCACCGCCAUCGUCAGAGAGAUGAGCAUGAAUCAGAGCUGCUAUGGUGUGCAACUGGCCGCGCUGCGGGCAAUCGCCGCCAUCUUCUAUCAGCUCGAGGCCAAUAGCGAUUCAGUGGAGUUGGCGGCGCGGGCUGCGUGCAUUCCAGCAGUGCUUGCAGCUAUGGCUUCGUUCCCGGAGAAUCUGGUGAUGUGGAAGACGGCCUGCUAUACCCUGAAUGCGGUUGUCCAGCACGGCUUGGACCACAUCGUGCAGAAGGAACAGCUGCUGUCCUGUUUGCAAGGGGCUGCCAAGGCCUUGAGCAUUGCCCAGGGCCAGGAGCAUCGGAGCAACUAUCGGGAUGAGGCGUCCUACCUGCGGGAGGAGGCGGUGAAACUCAUUGCUGCGGUUUGCAUCACCUGCCCGGACUUCCGUCUUCAUUUAGGAGACUGCAAGGUGCCAUUGGCACAAGCCCUGGAGGCGGCCGUGGACCGAUUGCAGGAUGAUCCUGAACGGCUGGCCGAAGAAGUUGAGGUGUUGCAGCACAACUUGAUCGCUUUGGUCUACAUUAGUGGUCCAGAAGAAAUCCUGGUGCGAUGCUUACAAAGAUGGGGAGCAAAGUCCUCCCUGGUUCGUGCCUGUGCCGACGUGGUCGCCGAAUUGGUGCGACGGAAUGCACCCAUGUGUGAGGAGAUGCAACGGGGGCCCGUGAACGCGGAACUCGCAGCCGCAGUCCAGGGCCUUGCUACAAGCAAUGCUGGCUUGUUUCAUUCAGCUCAUUUGUUGCUGCAAGCAGAGCCGCGGCCAAUGACCAAGCCUCGGAGCCAGCUUCGCCGCUUCGCCUCGUUUGAGCUUGGCUUUUGCUCCAAGAAGGGGCCGUUGGCGGGUGCACAAAAAAGGUCAAAAGCACUGAAGCUCAGCUUCAGUCGGCUUUUCCCCUCUAGAGAACUGUGCAGUAAAGUCCAUCAAGGGCUGCAGCUCCUUAUGGAGAUGCUGCGAGCUACCUGGUCGUGCCACGAAAAGGAUCUUUGCGUGCCGCAGGACCUUGCGGCAUUUCUGCAUGUAGACUUGUUGGCGGAGCGUCGCCGUGGCAAGCCAGUGUCCAGCUUGUGCCUAUGCAAGGACGCCUCGGCUCAAGUCUGCGUGCUCCUCUGUGAGACCGUGGCUUUUCCCAAAGGCACGCCCAAAGGCGGUGAGACAGGGAUGGUGUGCCAUUGGUAUGUGACCAUGGAGGGCAAUACUAAGACGGCUCAUUUGCCCUCGGAGAUCUUUCGGCCAAACGCUGCUGGUGGCAGCAUCCAGCUCGACUGGUGCGCAUUUCUCGUCUUGGAUGCUGGCGCAAAAGCAGAUGUACGUUUGACCGUGGCAGACCUGGCUGGGAACCACCUUGGUGCUCAUUUUGGCACCACCAACCAUUUGGCCAACUCCGAUCAGUUUGACAUCCGCACGCUGAAACUGGAGAACGUUGAUGGCGUGGUGGCCACCAUGACGGUCCAUGCCGCAGCGCAAGUGCGCUGGACCAGCGCCUCCGCGCCGCGGAGGGAGCCCGGUUCUUGUGAGUUCUUGAUCGCAGAGGAUGCUCAGGCUGCCCACAUCUGGAAGUUUCUUUUUCCUAACCGGGCGCCACCGACGAAGAGCACCAGGUCAGAGCUCAAGCCAAUCAAAGAGGAGGAGGUCUCACCAGCGAAAGCAGAGGCAGCUGGAGAGGAGGAAGGAGAAGGGGAAGAAGAGGAUGUGGAAGAGGAGGAACAGGAAGAAGACCCCUUGGUGGAUGAGGUGCCGGCGCAUGGGGAAGCAAAAAACAAAGAUGAGAAGGAGACUGGAGCUCGCAAAGCCACUGAAGAUGAAGCCAGAGUGGAGAGGAAAAAGCGUGAAGAAGAAGCGGAAAGGCAUGCACGUGAAGCUGCCGACCGAGAAGCCAAGGAAAAGGAGGCUCGAGAACGUGAAGAAGCUGAGCGGCGUGCAGAACGCGAGGCGAAAGAGCUUGAAGCCAAGCGAAAAGCCAAAGAAAGAGAGGUCAGAGAACGUGAAGAGGCCGAAAAAGCCGAACAAGAGGCUAGGGAACGUGAAGCCAGAGAACGUGAAGAGCGACAAGCCAAAGAGAGGGACACCAGAGAUUUGGAAGCGAAGCAUGCAGGAAAAGGAGCCAAAGAUGCUCCAGAAAAGAAGCGGAGCUCAUCAUCACAUAAGGACCUGGUCUCAACACGCUCUCCACUGCAUGGCAGGGUCAGCUCCUACCUCCGGAAGACCUCCGAGGCGGACGCGAAGAGAAGAAGCUUUUCAGGGGUUGCCCGUGCCAAGCCGGAGCUGCGCCGCUCGCGGGCGCAGGAACUUCCUACCCGUCUCGGGCGGCGAGAGGUUGGAUCUCCUUUGCGAGUGGGAGAGAAGAGGGCAAGCCUGGCUGAGCGGCAAGCUGACCGAAGAUGGAUUGAGGAUUCGGACAGCGAAGAUUUGCAUUUUUCCUCCGGGAGCAGUCCGGAACAUGUGCAUCAGCCUGCAGAGGCCUUCACUCUCCACAGGCCGCCCUCCACGGCGUCGCCGGAACGGCGGCCCGGCGCGGCCGCGCCGAGCGGAGCACGGCUCGCGCAGGAUCGCUGGUCGCUCCGCAGGAGAGAAGCUGCCAGGCGACCAGUGGUCUACACACCAGGUGAUCGCUGGGACUCCACGCCCGACUCCACGCUUGGGUUAGAGCUCUUUCCGUGCGAGAAAGACGAUGUGGAACCGGUGAAGAAGGAUACGAAGGACAAGGACUCACAGGUCUCCAGUUCUCAGCAACAGCUCAUCCAGUUGUUACAGCAACAACAGCAGCAGCUUUCAGAGCAGUUGCGGCUCCAAAGGGAGCUGCAGCAGCACUGGCGCCUGGCAUCCUCUCCGUGGCGCAAUUCGCUUGGGAUGUCCUCCCGUGCGUCGCCUCGUCCGCUGCGGAGAGCCCAGUCACAAGGUUCCGAAGCCAGGCGCUCAACUGCGGAGCUCGCAGUUGAAGCCGGUCCACGGAAGGCACAGCAAAUGACGAGUAGUGCCACCGUGAGCCGUGGCUCGACUACUGGUGCACCACGAACGGGUGCCCGAUGGUCUUCGUCCUCCUUGGUCAGCGAUGGAGGUCCAAAGGUCGGCGGCCAACCAGUCGCGGCCGCGGCGCGGCCCAGCCUUCACAGCCACGUGCCGUGCCACCGAUUGUACAGAGUGAUCACCAGGGGGCUUGGCAUCCGCGCUGGCCCCAACGUGAACGCGCCGCGCACGGGCGACGUCCUAAAACGGGGCGAUGUCUUUGAAGCGUCGGUGGUGGCGCGAGGAGCUGAUGGUCGAACCUACCUGAAGCUUGCUGGUUGGCGUGGUUGGGCCUUUGAUGAUUCAGCAGUGGAUCCCACGGAUCCUUCAGUGGAGGCCCUUAUGGAGGAGGAAGCUGUGGAGCUGCUGGCAUCCUCAAAUGGAGGUGCCUGGCCAGAAAGGAACUCAAAGCCAGAUCCAUUUUGUCCUCGGCAGGAGCCCCAACUACGAGGAGAUGGUUGGUCCACACCCAGUGGCACUCCUGAGACGGAGAUGUUUGUUCCGCCACUGGAGAGCCGCCGGAAAGGGGAGUACGAGGCUAGUGAGGUAGUUGGAUGGGAGUACAAGGCCGCGGUAGGCCCGAAGGUAGUUGGAUGGGAGUCAUGGGAUUGGAGGUAUGGAGGUCUACUGAGAGAGAGGAAUUCUGGUCAUGUGCGAGAAUUUGUGGCCAUAUUUGUGCGGGAAAAUGGUAGUUUAAUUGUGGGGUGUCUAUGGUCCUAUGUUACUAUGUUUCAACCUGCGUGAUUGGACCAUCGGAUAGCAGGAGCAACGCUGCCUUCUCCGGGAAGACUGGUAUAGACUGGUACCUUGAUGAGAAAUAUGUUCUGUCAGAACUUUAAAACCUCAGGCGAGGCUGUCAAAAUUUAUCAUAAAUCUCAUGCAGUAAUGUUUCCAAGUUUUUGAAAGUUCACCUGGAUGAACCUCCUCUCACAGCCGCACCACUGUUUACAAGGACUUGGGAACAUGCGGCGCAAUGCCUAUGCCUCCCAUGUGUCUCUCAGCCGGGCUCCGCAAGGCCUUUCACCCCUCCAUCAGCCACGAAUUCCGCGAGGCGCGCGGUUGUCUCCGCGCGACGACGCGACGAAGCAGAAUUCGUGGCCGGGAUACGUCGGUGGGCCACCAGACGCUCACGUGCGGGUCAAGAGAAGAAUGCUCCUGCGCUCGUAGAGUGUCCUUCUCGGGGUGGUUCUUGGGCAGAUGUCCAUCAUCCACUCAGUGGAGGGGACCACAAACCACCCCAACUGUGGAUGUUUUUGGACUUUGCUUCGAAAGCAGCUGCUUUUUGCCUGGAAGAGCUUCCCAAUGGUACCCGGGAAUCCUUGUUGUAUACCCUAUGUCUUUCAUGGUGUAUUCGCUGGAAUCCCUUGAAACAUGCUGGGACCCCUCUCCCAGAAGUGGGGCUUCCAAGUUUGAGUCGAGACUGGAUCAGCAAGGCUUUUCAGAAUCCCGGCACAAGCCUGGUACCAUGUUGAUCUAGGUACAGUAUAGUGACUAUAGUGUUAGUGUCAGUGUUCCAUCAGGUUGAAGCCCAGCUGGAUAGAACAUGAAUCGUGACAGUUCUAAGAACCCGGGUUCCCAGGCACCGUCAUUUCACGGUCACCAAAAAGGUCCCCUUUCAAACACCCUCCGCCGGCACCGGGAGCGAAGGAAAACACAGGUUCCUUGGCAGUGAAACGGGUGCUUCAAUGUGAUGUCCAGCCGCAUGUUUGCACCACAAUGGCCACAGUUUGAUGGCACCAGUUCCUUCCCGAAGAGCCCGACACUUCGGGCGUUCAGCUGGAAGUAGUGCCAAAAGUCUGGCGCCGGGCUGGCUUGAUAGACCUAGAGUAACUCAGUGUUUCACCAGCGACCGAGCCCUCGGCAAGGCCAUGGGUGGUGUGGAGCGACUCUCCGGGACCAAGGGAUGGGGGGAUGUGACUGGGUCCGGGUCAGUUGAAAGCGCAUAGGGGUUUUGCUGCACUUGUGACGCGAUGCACUUGUUACUAAUAGCUAUCUCUAGUGUUUCAGUGUAUCAUGAGAUGCUGUUUUUGAACAUGUUUGAACUUUCGGGUACACCUCAGGUAAGUGUUCCAAAUCAUGGUCAAGAUUGAGUGUAUGCAGAAGCCUUGUAUUUAGGAAACUCCAGGGUACGGCCACAUCUUCCCGUCUUGGGAAGGUAAAGGAAGGCAGUCCAGACUCUUGUGUUUCUCUUUACAUGCAUGGUGGUUUGUUCAGUUGAAUCCCGAUGCUUCGCCCCGCCUUCAGGAUUGCCGGCUGAGAGGAGUUGGUGCCAAGUGCGGAAACUGGGAGUUGUGGGGCGGAGCUUUGCUGAUCGAUUGCUAAGAUCAAUGAUAUGAAUACCGUGCAUCCUGCUGCAGCUGUUGGAAUGUAGACGUUGCAGUCGACCUCAAAGCCGAAAGGAGUCUUGAGCGCUCUUGGAUGAGGCUUUGCUAAGAUGGUUCUUUGACCCACACCAAGUGGGCGAAGGCCAGCGAAGGCAGCGUAGGCACAUCAACUUUCUGCAUCGCGAAUUUGCCGCAACGCCAUGACCAAAGGGGGGCAUCCCAGGAUCCAGUAUGAGCUGAA